GAGAGCUCUGUCUCUGUGGUUGAGCUCUGGAGAAAACAAACCAACAUGUCUGCUCUCACGAAGUCUUUCACGUCGGCUGGCAGAAGAGUGUUCUCCAGGUGUACAAGGCAACGUUCAUCAGUGACAACUGAGCUGAUGGAAAACAUGGAUAAGAAAUCAGCAUGGGACCGCUUCUACUCUGAGACCAGCACCAGGAGUCCCAACUUCAAAAACUUUGAGUGGUUCUUUGGUUUCGAUGCUGUGCAGGACUUCAUCACUCCCCUCCUGCAGACUGCGUCCCUUUCUCGCCAUCCUGUCCAGGUCCUGGACAUGGGAUGCGGCACAUCUGCGCUCGGCCCCUCCAUCUACAGAGACUCCGCUUUGCCGGUGCGAGUCACCUGCGCCGACAUCUCCCCCGUAGCCGUGCGGCUAAUGCAGGAGCACAUCCGGGCCAACGCUGUCCGGCCUGGCAACGCUUCCUCUCAAAUUCAGUUUUUAGAACUGGACUGCACCCGGCUUGACGGCCACUACAGCCCCAGCAGUCUGGAUCUUAUUGUUGACAAGGGCACCACAGACGCCCUGUUGAGGUCCAAGGAGGGGGCGGAGAAGGCGGCCUCGGUGCUGAGGCAGUGUCUGAAGGUGUUGCGGCGCUCCGGGUCCCUGCUCCAGUUCUCAGACGAGGAUCCUGAUGCCAGACUGGUGUGGUUAGAGACGGCCGCUCAGGGUCAGGGGCUGGCGGCGGCAGACGUUGGGGUGCAGGAGGUCGGGGUGCUGAGGGGUGUGUGUUACUACUGUUACCAAGUGACUGCUCAUCAUGAUGUAAACAAAUAAAAUUUUAAGUUCUUAAA